AUGGGCAGCGACGUGGGCAACGACGUGGGCAACGACACGAACAGCGACGCGGGCAGCGACAUGAGCAACGACAUGGACAUCACAAUGGGCGACGAAGACAUACGAAAAUCCAGUCCAGUCAACUCCGGUGGAGAGGAGGUUGUCGUCGUCCUCGAUGGUCGGGAUAAGGGCGGAGAAAGGGGUCGCCAAGGAGACGAAGCUCACGCGAAUGCUCAGAAGGUGACGGCAAGGCAGAAUGACGAGGCGAAGAUCAGCGAAACGCCCUCCAAGUUGGCUGUGAAAGAUCCGUUCGACCGUGGGAGAAGGGUCAAGAAGGCUGAUGCCCGUAUCAAGCAGUCUUUGAGAGCUGGCGAAUGCCCUCGAUAUAUCUGGAUACUCUCCGACAAGACUCUCCCACAGACGGGCACAGACGCUUCCUCGGCUGAAAGCACGCUAUACGAUGCAGGCAACAGUGCUGCAACCUCCCUGUUCGAGGACGCGAAUCCGAGAUGA